CGCCGUGUUAACCUCACCUCUAAUCACAAACACCCAAACGAAAGUGAAGGGAAACCAAUUAUUAAAUAUUUGUACAUAUCGUAUAAAAACUAUAUAAAUGCCAAAUGUUCGAAUAUCGUCGGUAUUUGUUAAUGUGCGCCAUUUGGGCGACAAUUAAAGUGCCGAAAGAAAUAUUGAUAAAUGGUCAAGUUAUACCACUUGGCUCAUACUGUCAACAGGUGGUGCCACCAUGCGGUUGCGAAUCGGAAGCAAAUGUAGUGCGCUUUCACUGUCCGGAUGAGUAUUCGAUGUUGCUAAUGGUCACCGAUACGGACAGCUCACUCUAUGUCAGUUACUAUGCGGACUCGGAAUUGGGUUGGGUGCCGCGUUUUGAAAUCUCCGAUUUGGCCAAAAUUGAAUUCGAUGCUUAUUCAUUUUGGCCAAAGACAUUUCUCAGUGAUUUGCUCGACUCGAUGGGGGUUACGAAUGUGAGUGCCAUUGAAUUUCGGGAUCGUCGAUCAGAGACUGUUGUCACUACCCGGGAUAUAUACGAUAAAUAUGGAAAUCUGAUUGGAACUACAGUCACCACAGAAAGUGAUGAUGAUGAUUCAAUUGAUAACGUAAAUGCCACUUGGCAAUUUAGUUCGGUGCCGGGUCUAACGAGUUUUAAAUUCGCAAGUGAUAUUGAAGAGCUGCCAGAGUCCAUAUUUGAGGCAUUCGACACACUGACUACAUUGAAUUUGUGUUUAAAUGUGAUUCAUUUGCCGGAUAAGUUACUCUCCUCCGUAUCGAGUAGCCUCCAAACAUUGACUAUACAGAAUCCUAAUAUGCUGAGAUUUCAGCCACCUCUUCUGCGUGAACUUAAGCAAUUGCGUAAUCUAACAAUCGAAUUGACCGACAAUCAGUAUGGUCAUGGCAAUCAAUUGCAACCGCAUCUCUUCAGUUCCAUGCGACAACUGGAAGAAGUCUAUUUGUCACGAGCCACUUCUCAUGUGGAUAGAAAAAUGUUUCGAAACAGCACCAAAUUGCAAUUAAUCAAAAUUAAAGGCAAUGAAAAUUUGGAUACUCUACCAUCUGGUUUAUUUAAGGAUCAAAGUAAUUUAACUGUUCUGGAUAUAUCAUGUAAUAGUUUGUCUAUACUCCGGGAUGAAGUCUUCUAUGGCUUGAAUAAUCUCCAUAUUCUGGACUUAUCCGAUAAUAGACUGACUGCUUUAUCAAGUAAAAUUUUUGCGCCAUUGACUUCGCUGAAUCUGCUGCUGAUUAAUCGGAACUCCUUGACAGCAUUGUCACCAUCAACAUUCAGUGCGGUAAGCAGUCUAAACUUCAUCGAUAUGAGAGGGACACAGUUCUAUGGCUCGAAAUUGGCAAUUGAGUAUGAAGCUCUGGUCUGUUUCAAUUCGGACACCUGCCAAUAUAAGUCAGAGAAUUGGUCCUGUGAUCCAAAUUGCAUUUGCUGGGUGCAACGAAUGACACGAGAAUUGAUUAUCGACUGCAGGGGAAGUAGAUUAAAUGAAUUCCCCGCCUUGCCGCACACAUCGUUGGUUCAGACAGUGUUAAAGGUUGCGAAUAAUAGUCUCACCCAAUUGCCCGAUCCGAAUGAGGUACUUGGCUAUAGCAAUGUCAGUGUUUUGCUUUUGGCUAACAAUCAGUUAACCACUUUGGGUGCAGGCACUCAAUUGCCUGGGAAUCUAAGCCAUUUGGAUGUGCGUAAUAAUCAAAUAACAGUAUUCAAUACAGAUUUCAUUACAUAUCUGGAACAAGAUAAUAAUACCAUGACCAUGACCUUGUCUGGUAAUCCUGUGAACUGUGAUUGUUCCGCCAUUCCAUUGCUGACAUUUAUACGCGCCCAACCGCAGAGGGUGCAGGAUAUUGGUGAACUUCAAUGCACUCGACAGAAUAAACCCUUCCAGCAAAUGGAGGUGAUUGAUUUAUGCCCCUCGUAUGUCUUGCUGAUCAGUUGCAUUGUGGGUGUUAUCAUCAUUGUGGUCUGUCUGAUUAGUGUUGUCUAUCUAAUGUAUCAGCAGGAGUUAAAGAUCUGGUUGUACAACAACAAUCUGUGCCUUUGGUGGGUAUCCGAAGAGGAGCUGGACAAGGAUAAGACCUAUGAUGCUUUCAUCUCCUAUUCCCACAAGGAUGAGGAAUUGAUUGCCAAACUUUUACCCAAAUUGGAGAAUGGCCCCCAUCCGUUUCGUGUGUGUUUGCAUGGCCGUGAUUGGCUAGUUGGUGAUUGUAUACCCGAGCAGAUUGUUCGCACUGUAGACGAUUCGAAGCGAGUUAUUAUCAUUUUAUCGCAACAUUUCAUUGACUCUGUCUGGGCUCGUAUGGAGUUUCGCAUUGCCUAUCAGGCCACCUUGCAAGAUAAGCGAAAACGCAUCAUUAUCAUUCUCUACAAAGAGCUGGAGAAUAUGGAUGGCAUUGACAGUGAACUGAAAGCCUAUCUAAAAUUAAACACUUACCUAAAAUGGGGCGAUCCAUUGUUCUGGAGCAAACUCUGCUAUGCCAUGCCCCAUAAUCGUCGUGUCCUGAAAGGACAAAAGAAACACGCUGGACCCUUGGUAUAGAGUUAAUUACAAUCCAGAAUCUAUUUCGACAUUGUUUAAGUUUAAUUAGAUAUUAAUUUCGAAUUCCCCAUAUACAUAUUAGUUAGCUUUAUAGACAAUUAUCAAAAGUUUUCUACGAAAACUAUAAAAGUCAAUUAAUUUUAAUUACACUUGUCUAUUCUGAAAGUAAUUUUAGGUUUAAGUAAGUAAUAUUAUUUGUAUAAUUAAUAUGAAUGUGAGCAGUGAAAUAUGUUUGUAAUUUU